CCGUUUAGUUUGCCCGUUAAGUUUGUCCGUAGAAUUUGUCCGUUAAAUUUCGCUUGGCAUGUUUCGCCGGUGAUCAGGUAAGGCUAUUUCUAGAAUCGAGAGGAUAAACAUGAUUAUGCAAGGUUAUUUCCCCGACCUGUACCCCACACGCCUCUACCUGUUCCACAAUCCAUCCCAAUCAUCUCACGAUCAACGUCGCCAUUGAUAUCCAUUUGGCACUAUGUCCGGAUUCUCGAAGCGUAAUGUUUUUGUUAUCGGCGAUAAAGCAUCCGGCGCUUCCUACGUCAAAGAAAAUGCCGAGGACCAAGUCCUUGCAUUUUAUUUCAAUCUCUCUUCUCGUUCCGUCUUCUUGCGACUACAUCUUUUGGGACCCUGUGAACUGUAACGUCUAGCUCCUCAACUAUGUCUCUCCCAACGGAUUUUGAAUGGGGGUUUGCCACAGCUGCCUAUCAAAUUGAAGGUGCUGUUGCUGAGGGAGGACGAGGACCGUCAAUUUGGGAUACCUUCUGCCAUCUUGAACCAUCAAAAACCAAAGGAGACAACGGCGAUGUUGCUUGCGACCACUACCACCGAUAUAAGGAAGACUUUGGACUUCUAUCGUCAUACGGAGCAAAGGCAUAUCGCUUUUCCAUUGCGUGGUCUAGAAUCAUCCCUCUGGGAGGACGCAACGACCCUGUUAACGAAGAAGGCAUUGAGUUCUAUAACAACCUAAUCGACUCACUCCUAGAGCGAGGAAUUACACCAUGGGUUACUCUCCACCACUGGGAUCUUCCGCAGGGCUUACAUGACCGCUAUGGAGGCUGGUUGAACCUGGAAGAGAUCCAGCUAGAUUUCGAACACUUCGCUCGUAUCUGCUUCUCCCGCUUCGGUGACCGCGUACGGAGAUGGAUCACGCUGAAUGAGCCAUUCAUCAUUGCUAUAUACGGAUACGCCACUGGUGGGAACGCCCCAGGACACGUCAGCAACACCGAGCCAUGGACAGUCGGCAAAUCACUGAUCCUGAGCCAUGCUCGCGCUGUUAGCGUGUACGAACGAGAGUUUCGGGCCACUCAAAAAGGUCAAAUCGGGAUUUCGCUGAACGGCGAUUUCUAUGAGCCUUGGGAUGAGAACGAUGAUCGAGACAAAGCUGCUGCACAACGGCGCAUGGAAUUCCACGUUGGCUGGUUCGGAGACCCAAUCUACCUCGCGCAAGAUUAUCCGAAGGCCAUGCGAGCGCAGCUCGGCUCCCGCCUCCCAGAGUUUACUGACGCCGAAUUUGCACUGCUCCGCGAAACCAAAGAUUUGGUUGACUUCUACGGCCAAAACUACUACACCGCCCAGUAUGCGCGCCAUCGCGAGGAACCCGCGCAUCUAAACGACUACCUUGGCAAUGUGACUGAGACGCAGACUAAUAAACAAGGCGUUUCGAUUGGUGCUGAGAGCGGAAUACACUGGUUGCGCAGCUCGCCACCGCAGUUUCGAAAGUUCUUCAGCUGGAUUUAUGCGCGAUAUGGGAGGGCAAUUUAUGUCACCGAGAACGGAUGCCCAUGUCCUGGGGAAGAUAAAAUGACUAAAGAGGAGUCGGUAAAUGAUCAGUAUAGAAUUGAUUACUUCGAGGCGCAUUUGGAUGCCAUUUCGCAGGCGGUAAAAGAAGAUGGGGUGGAUAUUAAGGGAUAUUUUGCUUGGUCGCUUUUUGAUAAUAUGGAGUGGUCGGAUGGCUAUGGCGUUCGUUUCGGAGUCACCUAUACGGAUUAUGAGACCUUAGAGAGGACGCCAAAGAGGUCGGCCACGUUCUUGAAGGAAACAUUCAAGACCAGAUUGGCGGGUGUGAAUGGCCACGAGACAAAUGGCCAUGCAACAAACGGGCAUAAGGUGAACGGUACGAAAGUUUAGGUUGAAAGUGCGAAACAGACGCACACAUGGGCGCAAAAUCUUCGAUUAUAGAUUAUCUGGGGACACGGAAUAUUAGAAUAAGGAGGCAUUAGACUUGCACAUGUAAGCAUAGGAUAAAGCAUCAAGAGAUAGAUGAUGUGAAUGUUAUAUAACAUCUAGUUAAGGAGUUUAAUGGUAAAUUUGACAGCC